GCGCUGCUAUCGUGACAUCCGUCGCGCUCUUCAUACGCAGUGAGAUGACGUAUUAGUAGAGGCGUGGCUAAAUAUGGGGAAAUUUGGAUUGCAGUUUAAAGCCACUUUGGAGAAUGUUACAAACGUGAGGCCGGUGGGGGAUGAUUUCCGCUGGUAUUUAAAGCUGAAGUGUGGGAACUGUGGUGAGGUUUCGGAUAAAUGGCAGUAUAUCACCUUACUGGACAGCAUGCCUUUGAAAGGGGGACGAGGGAGUGCUAGCAUGGUGCAGAAGUGCAAACUGUGUUCUCGGGAAAACUCCAUAGAUAUCCUGAGGGACACAAUUACACCUUACAAUGCAGAAGACAGCGAAAGGUUUAAGACAAUUGUCCAGUUUGAGUGUCGGGGUCUGGAACCAGUCGACUUUCAACCUCAGGCUGGUUUCGCCGCUGGUGGAGCAGAAACAUCCACCCAGUUCCCUGAAAUCAACCUGCAAGAGAAAGACUGGACGGACUACGAUGAGAAGGCCAGUGAGUCUGUGGGGAUCUAUGAGGUCACACAUCAAUUCAUCAAGUGCUGAAAAAUAAAGAGACUGAAAACAACUGACUGGUUACUGAAUAAAGAAUGAAGUUAUAAAAUGACUACACCACACACUUGUUAGUCAGUGAUGAUUGCCUGUUGCUAAUUGGUAAAAGGCUUAUUAAAUGCAAUAUGGAAAGUAAGUUUGAAUAUAAGAUACUACAAUAAUAAAGUGUGGGAUUAUUGGA